AUGCGGUCUUGGGUGAAGCCCUCAUUAAUGGAGACUCCACUGAAGUCCCCUGCCCAGGAAUCCAUCCGAACGCCCAAUCACAGAACGGAUGUGAGGAGUGUCGUGGAUUGCCCUAUAGGUUUGGACUUCCUGACUUCACCAAGUGUGGACUCAGAAGAGGUCCACAUGACCGGAGUGCGCCAUUUAGGACAGGGCCUUGGACGCAGCCUCAGCUGGAGAAGGAGGUGCUGCCGCUGCCGCCGCGGUACCGGUUCCGAGACCUGUUGCUCGGGGACUGGCAGACGGACGACAGGUUUGAGAGUGAGACUGUUCAACUUCUUCCUGAAGGUUCUGAGCUGCCUGCUGUACAUCGUACGAGUGCUCUUGGACGACCCGCGUGAGGAGAGAGACUGUCCUGGCUGUCUCAGACAGAAUGCCUCUGCCCACAACAGAAGCCAUUUUGACUGGUCCCUCAUUAUUUGGGUGAACAGACCUCUGCCGCUCUGGGCCCUUCAGGUGCUUGUUGCAUUCAUCAGUUUUUCAGAGACCAUGUUGCUGGUGUACCUCAGCUACAAGGGCAACGUUUGGGAGCAAGUGUUGCGCAUUCCCUUCGUUCUGGAGAUGAUCAGCGCAGUUCCGUUUGUGAUCACUGUGAUUUUGCCCUCCCUCAGAAACUUGUUUAUCCCUGUGUUCCUGAACUGCUGGCUGGCCAAACAUGCUCUCGAGAACAUGAUUAAUGAUCUUCACCGAGCGAUCCAGCGCACGCAUUCGGCCAUGUUUAACCAGGUCCUCAUUCUCUUCAGCACUCUACUCUGUCUCAUCUUCACCUGUAUUUGUGGUAUUCAGCACCUGGAACGAGCAGGGAACAAUCUCACGCUCUUUGACUCUCUGUAUUUCUGUGUGGUAACGUUCUCUACGGUGGGCUUUGGUGAUGUCACACCUAAAAUCUGGCCCUCUCAACUGCUGGUGGUCAUCAUGAUCUGUGUGGCUCUUAUAGUUUUGCCAAUACAGUUUGAGCAGUUGGCUUUCUUGUGGAUGGAGCGUCAGAAGUCUGGAGGGAACUACAGCCGCUACCGAGCCCAGACUGAGAAACAUGUGGUGUUGUGUGUCAGCUGUCUGAAGAUAGAUCUUCUCAUGGACUUCCUCAAUGAGUUCUUCGCACACCCCAGACUGCAGGAUUACUAUGUGGUGAUAUUAUGUCCCGCCGAGAUGGACGUCCAGGUGCGGAGAGUUCUUCAUAUCCCGCUGUGGGCUCAGAGAGUCAUCUACCUGCAGGGAUCUGCUCUCAAAGAUCAAGACCUGAUGAGGGCCAAGAUGGAUGAUGCUGAAGCCUGUUUUAUCCUGAGCAACCGGUUUGAAGUGGACCGCUUCGCAGCUGACCACCAGACCAUUCUUAGAGCCUGGGCUGUGAAGGACUUUGCCCCGAACUGCCCUCUCUACGUGCAGAUCCUCAAACCUGAGAAUAAGUUUCACAUCAAGUUUGCAGAUCAUGUGGUGUGUGAGGAGGAGUUUAAAUACGCCAUGUUGGCCCUCAACUGUGUGUGUCCUGCCACCUCCACCCUGAUCACUUUAUUGAUUCACUCAUCUAGAGGACAAACGGCAUCUUCAGAAGCCUUCAAGCAGCGAGCGGGUGCCUUCCAGCCCCUCAACAGGGAAGGCGGUGCUGGCUCAGUCGACCAUUGGCAACGCACCUACCGGCGCUGUGCCGCCAAUGAAGUGCACCACAUCCGGCUGGAGGAGAGCAAGUUCUUUGGAGACUAUCAGGGAAAGAGUUUCACCUUUGCCUCAUUUCACGCACACAAGAAAUAUGGGGUGUGUCUGAUCGGAGUGCGUAGGAUGGACACUGCCAAUAUCCUGCUGAACCCCGGACCCUGCCACAUCAUGGGAGGCUCGGACACCUGUUUCUACAUCAACAUCUCGAAAGAGGAGAACUCUGCGUUUGUCAGGGGCCAGAGAGAGCCAGUGAGGGGACCCGGGGUCGACGCUAGAGGAGUCCCUCAAACCAUCUAUCACGGCCUCACUCGCCUACCAGUACACAGCAUUAUUGCCAGCAUGGGCACAGUAGCCAUAGACCUGCAGGACUCCAGUGACAGCAGUCCAGAAGGCACAGGUCCGGCGGCGAUGGGCAGUGGACAUGUCAGCAGGAGCGGCUCCAGGACAGAAGCCAUGGGCUGUAACACGUUAGCUCUGCCUGCCGUGAGCGGCUCAGGAGAAGAGAGGAGACACAGCAUCGCACCUGUCCUGGAGGUGGUGGACGGGGCACACAACCCCACAUUUGACCUGCUCGGGGAUCAGUCAGAGGACGAGGGAGGAGAAGAGGGCAAGGAGGACGAGGAAGGAGAACAGAAGGGCCGGUGGUGGGGCACUCACUGCGAAUGGGUGAAAGGUUAUCCACUCAACUCUCCGUACAUCGGCAGCUCUCCUGCACUUUGUCAUCUCCUUCAGGAGAAAAUGCCAUUUUGCUGUCUGCGCCUGGAUAAGGCCUGUCAUCAUAUGCCCUACGAGGACGCUCGUUCGUACGGCUUUAAAAACAAACUCAUCAUCGUGUCGGCAGAAAGCGCUGGAAACGGUCUCUAUAACUUCAUCGUUCCUCUGAGGGCGUAUUACCGGCCCAGGAAGGAGCUUAACCCCAUUGUUUUGCUCCUGGAGAACGUACCGGAGCCAGACUUUCUAGAAGCCAUCUGCUGGUUUCCUAUGGUCUUCUACACCGUGGGCUCCAUCGACAAUUUGGACAGUCUUCUGCGUUGCGGGGUGACGUUUGCCGACACAAUGGUGGUGGUGGACAAAGAGAGCUCCAUGAUCGCAGAGGAGGAUUACAUGGCCGAUGCCAAGACCAUUGUGAACGUCCAGACACUUUUCAGGCUUUUUCCAGCUCUCAGUAUAAUAACCGAACUCACCCAUCCUGCCAACAUGCGCUUCAUGCAGUUCAAAGUGAAGGAUCACUAUUCUCUGGCUCUCUCCAAACUGGAGAAGAAAGAGAGAGAGAGAGGCUCCAACCUGGUCUUCAUGUUCAGAUUACCAUUUGCAGCAGGGAAGGUGUUUAGCGUCAGUAUGUUGGACACUUUGCUGUAUCAGUCUUUUGUAAAGGACUACAUGAUCUCCAUCACCAGACUGCUGCUAGGAUUGGACUCAAUGCCUGGAUCUGGCUUCCUGUGUGCUAUGAAGAUCACGGAGGAAGAUUUGUGGAUCCGUACUUAUGGACGCCUCUACCAGAAGCUGUGCUCCUCAUCAGGAGACAUUCCCAUUGGAAUAUACCGCACUGAAGCACACAAACUGCCCGUCUCAGAGUCUCAGGUGUCUAUCACAGUGGAGGACUAUGAGGACACGCGAGAGCCCCGCGAGCCUCUACUCUGCCGCUCCGGUCCUCACCGUAACUCGACCUCGUCCGAGCCGCCUUCGUCCUCGCAGGCCAUGGACCACCCGCUCCUGAGGAGGAAGAGCAUGCAGUGGGCACGACGGUUGAGUCGUAAGGGUGGAAGGAGCUCCAGCGGUGCCAAGGGAAUGGGGAGCGCCGCCGAGCGUAUUAGCCAGCAGAGACUCAAUCUUUUCCGUCGCUCGGAGAGACAGGAACUUAACGCCCUGGUCCGCACACGUAUGAAACACCUGGGUCUGUCGCCAUCAGGAUUCAAUGGUAUGACAGACCAGGGCAACAGACUGUCCUAUAUUCUCAUAAACCCCUCACCAGACACACGCCUGGAACUCCAUGAUGUUGUGUAUCUGAUCAGACCAGAUCUACUGUCAGCAGUGCCUAACCAGGCCGGUGGUCGCAAACCAAGUGCCGGCCCAGCAGAGGGACACAGAUUUGACACACAGGACAGCACUCACCUAUGAACACAAUCACUACCGGCACAAAAUCACAUUCUCUGUGGAACCGCUGAGGAAAGGAUGGAUUGUAUAAAACAACAAAAGAAGGGAAAACAAUGAGACGUUGAAGAACGUGGCACCUGUGAGGAUGGAACUGUGAACUGAAUCUACACUGUAAAAAGUGAUCUUGCUUUUGCCUUCACUUAUUAAGUCAAACUGUAUGUUACUAGUCAAAGCGCGAAGAUUUAUUUGAUCAGUUAAUGGAUGGAUUCAUAAAACCCGUCAAGAGUAUGGCCAGGUCACACAAUAGAUGUUUGCACAAAGAAAUCGAGGGUUAUUGAUAAAGUGGUAAUAAGUGAAAUAAAAAAUGACAAUUCUUAUUUUUUCAUGAAAUAUUGCAGCGUUCAGUGUAGAUAGUUUAUCAAUGUGGGUCAUUCUCUUUCUAAAAGUCGCUUGUCCUCAUAAUCUUUAGUUCAAAUCUGUAAAUGCACUUCCUUCCUGUCAUGAGUAUCCAUCUUAAAUGACGAAUGUUAGACGGCUUGGGCGGAGCAUCCGUUAACUCCUCCCCUUCAACAGUCAGUCUGCUGCCUGUUCAAUUUCAAAAUGCAACGGCUGUUUUUUAUACAUCCAGUCAAACCGCAGAGUAAUAUGAAGGCCACGCCCACUAUUUUGUCAUUAGAAAUUCCAUUUCACUCGGAAAUGUGUCAAAAUACAGAAGUAAAAACGACCGCAACAUUCUGUUCACGGUGACUUUGACCGUUUUUGCUUUGUGACUUUGACAAUUAAGCAAAUUGUCUUAACUUUCAUUAUUGUUUUAUGUGUUUUGGUAAAAAUUUAUUCUUUUCAUUAAAAUCAGCAUAAUGGCAUUAUUACAAAUUAUUUUAUAAUAUUUAAAUUCUACAUUUUUAAUUUUUCUCUUUUUACAAAACUGAAAUGAGAAUAAUAUUUUAUUUGCAUUAAGGGUGUCGGAAUAAACUGGUAUUGACAAUAACCGUGAUAUUAAUAACCCUCAUCACACAUGAUACUACUGUAAAUAAUUCUGUGUCAAUAUCUGGUAGACACUUCAUCAGUAGGUGGCGGUUUUGGUUACAAAGUCUCCACCUUCCUCCAGUUGUAUUUUGAUGGGAUUCAUGGCCAAAAAUGAGAAAAUACAAAAUAAACUAGCAUUAUUUUA